CGUCUGCCAGGUCAGGAAGCGAACGACUCUCGAAUCAGGACUCAAGGACCACCGAUGGAGUCGUAGGCUACGAGGAUCAUCCUGGUGCACAUUUAAACCGAGGUCAGUUCAAGUGAUUUUCUGAAGAAAAUGAGAGAAGAGGUAUCCUGCACCAACUCCCCCGAAGGGGGUCUGGGGGCCAGCGAGGAAGAACUGGAGAGGAGCUCCAAGAAGAGUCUCCAGGCGGCGAACCGAAAACGAUCUCCUCACCCCAAGAAGGACAAUCCGGGCCAGGCGGAGGAGAGCGCCACCAGCAGCCCCGCCGGCCCCAAGAGAGUAAAAAAGAGCCCCUCGGCCGUGGUGAACCUGGCCCCCGCCUCGCUGGGCCCCAGGCCCGAUCAGCCCUUCGAGGACCUCCACUCCCAGCGUGUCAUCGCCAACGUGCGGGAGCGCCAACGCACCCAGUCCCUCAACGACGCCUUCGCCUCGCUGCGCAAGAUCAUCCCCACGCUGCCCUCGGACAAGCUCAGCAAAAUCCAGAUCCUGAAACUGGCCUCGCGCUACAUCGACUUCCUGUACCAGGUGUUGCAGAGCGACGAGAUGGACGCUAAGCUGGCUAGCUGCAACUAUCUGGCACACGAGAGGCUCAGCUACGCCUUCUCCGUCUGGAGGAUGGAGGGGGCCUGGGCCAUGUCCACCAGCCACUAGGAACCCUCGCAGCGUCUUCAACCCUCUUGUGUCCACGUCUUGCCGCCUCUGUCUGCGUUUACGUCCGCCACCUCCUGACCUCCGUCGUCUCUCUUUUUGUCUUUUAUUUAAAUCUCCCCCGCUCUCACCCAAGUCCAGUACCACAAGACGAUCCAGCGCUAGCCCUCAGGACGCCAACAAAUGGGAAAAGUUACACUUUUAAAAACCCCUCUUCCGGAUAUGUCCCCCACUGGUGACACGGACAUCCUCCUCGAAGUUGACUCUUUAGUAGAGAACCCCCUCCCCUCCCCCUUCACCCCCCCACCGCGAGGAGACGUGAUCAAGGCUGCUGUGUGUGGACACGACGUGGGCACAGCCAAUGAAUGUUUACAGCUACAAUGCUAAUAAGCUCAAUCCCACUGACUCUCCAAGGCCCGGCUCCCGAGAGCAAAGCGGAACGGACUGCGGUUCUAAUGUGCACCCAUUGGACCUGGUUCUUUGUCAAGGGGCACCAACUACUUCCGGCUUUUACACUCGAUGAACAACAAACUUCUUCUUUUGAUGUUGUUGCUGUUUUAUCUUGGCAUGCAAGAAAAUAUGAUAUUUUUUGGCAUUUGGUCUCCUUCAUCAGCUACGUUGCUAAACGUGUACGGCAGAAAGGGAGCGCUGCCGUGUGGAGAGGAUUUAUGAUUUAUGACUCUUAGAUUGUUUGUAUAGUUUUGCAUUUGCUUGGGAUUUUGUGUCAACUCCUGUGGACAAUAAACUUUUUUUUUUUUUUACAGGUUGCAGCAUAUAUAUUUGCGUAUAUUGUCAAGUCUUUUUUUGGGGGGGUGAGGUACUAAAACAAACUAAAUAUUUAGUAUAAUUUUUUUAAAGGAAAAUACAUAUACAGUAUAUUUGGGUUAAU